CCUGGCCCCUCCUUACUGGUCACACGGCUCUGUUCUGCCCUGAGUCCUGGUUGCGGUGAGAGCGCUACAGGCCCCAUUUCACGGUCCUUUCUCCUCCCCAGGUCAGAGGAAAGAGAGCCUGGGCUGGCUUCUCCCUGCAAGCAACGCCUCCCUCUUCAGCCCCCGCCAUGCAGCCUCCGCCCCCCACUGCCCCAGCAGGCGUGCCUGGGCCACCUCCCAUGGGAACCCCUCGCGGCACCGUGUUCUGGUCCAGCAGUCCGUACAGAAGACGGGCGCCCGGGCCUGCGCCAUCAGCACCUGUGACGUGCCCCCUGCAGCCCGUCACGGACCCUUUUGCAUUCAGUAGGCAGGUGCCUCAGGAGGCGUCCCUGGACCCUGGGCCGGGCCUUAACCCGAGGUUUCCUCAGCAGCCUGCUCUGUCUCCAUCUCAGGGACCAUGCGAGCCAGGGCCUACCCUGUUGCCACAGCCCGGGAUGGGCAGCAGCCCCUUCACUGCCCCCCUGACCUCUCCGGGACUGUCUGGGCCGGAGUCCGACAGGAGCCCAGCUAGGGGGCCUGCCUCCGUUGUUGACCUGCCCAGCCCGCCAGACCCUCCUCAGUUUGUUCCCAGAGUGAAUUCUGAUAGUUUGCAGGGGGUAGCACCCGGGCCAGCCCGCCCCCUCAGCAGACAGGACCCCCACGACAGGGCUGGGGCCCCCUCGACCACGUCCUUCCCUCAGCCAUCCCAGCAAGUGCCUGGUCCCUGGCCCCCUGCCCAGGGUGGGCUGCAGCCCCCGCACCACGGGGCCGUCCGUCCACAUCUCACCCCUCAGCCUGGUGGGCACCAGGGCCUGAGCCAUGAGCAGCACUACCACCCGCCCGCCCCUGGGCCGGGACCCUGGGCCGAAGACGAGAGGAGCGAGGCAGCCUGCCUUCAGAGUGGGGGCCUCUCUGCCACUCCCUUUGACCCUGAGAACACGUUCCGCCAGAGCCCCAGGGUGGGCCCCGCCUGGGUGAGCCCGGGGUUUAGGCAGAGCCCAGGAGAGCCUGCUGUGGGCAGCCCACUUGCUCAGGGCCACAGCGCCCACCACCGCCAACACUACCCGCCGUGGCCGGGGCCCAGCUCAGGGGCUGGCUCCCUGUUGCCCCACAGCGGGGAGGCGGAGAACGAGGAGGACCUGUCCAGGUCCACAGAGAGCGUAGGCACAGCGGGGCCAUCUUCAUUUGACGCCUUUGCCCCUGGCCAGCCUCCCCCCGCUGCACACUUGGGCCCAGGCAGCCUCUGCCAGCCUGCUCUCCAGGGUCCCAGCGGAGAGACCAGCCAGCCAGCCACUGGGAACUCAGCCGUGGAGAUGUGGGGUGGUGCUGCGGGUGGGGGAACCCACAGCGCCCUUGGCUCACGGUGGGAGAAUGUUGAGAACCUGGAAUUUGUCCAGAACCAGGAAGUUCUGCCCAGUGAGCCGCUGCCUCUGCCCCCGUCACCCCCGAGUGAGCCCUUCCGGUACAGCGCCCACUCUGGGCAUCGUGUCACCAGCCACACUGGGGCUGGGGGGCCACAUCGGGACGGCCCCAACACAGCCCUGCUGCCCCUCAGGCCCGAGGGUGUGCCCUCCAGCUAUGGCAGCCAAGGCUCACCGGGUGGGAGCGCGCUCUGCCCCCAGGAGCUGGCACACACCUUCAUCCAACAGGAGGUCGGGAAGCCCGAGGAGGAAGCUCCGGGCAGCUUCUUCCAGCAGAUCGAUUCGUCCCCUGUGGGAGCGGAGAUCGAGGCGGCGCCCGGAAGCCAGCCCUUCCGGCCCCGACUGCCACCACCCUCCACCCCCAGCCCUCCGAAGCCCACGGGGGUGUUCCAGACAAGUGCUAACAGCUCUUUUGAGCCCGUCAGCUCCCACAUGAUUGGGGUGAAACCGAUGGAGGCCGAUCAGGCCAAUGUGGUUGGGGAGGUGCGGGGCAGCCAUACCCGCCAAAGGAGGCCGCGGGGCCCUGCCGCCCCGGGCAACCUGGAGCAACCGCCCGACAACAUGGAGACCCUCUUCAUGCCGCUGGCUCCCGGCAGCACUGUGGACGCCGGCCACGGGCUUCCUCACGGGGGACGGCCAUCUGCGGAGACCAGACUGGCAACGCCCGAGAAGAGGCCCUCGGCCAGGGCCCAUGGGACCUCAAAGUGUGAGAGCCCCGCCACCACCUUGUGGGCCCAGAACGAGCUCCCUGACUUUGGGGGCAACGUCCUCCUGGCCCCCGCUGCUCCUGUGCUCUACGUCCCCGUCAAGCCCCAGGCCCCAGAGGUGGUCCAGCCCCCGGACGAGGGCCUCUGUGGGCAGCAGUCCCAUGCGCCAGGCCCUGCACCCCCCAACGGGGGCCAGGAGGGCGUCGGUGCAUCUGAAAACCUGGAGAACCCACCCAAGGUGGGCGAGGAAGAGGCCGGCCCACCACAGGCCAGUUCUGGUUCCAGCCACAUGGCUCUGCUGGCCUCUCCACCCCCAGGGUCGGUGUGCAGCCCGCAGGCCUCGGCUGCUCCGCCCAGCAGUCUGUCUGUGUCUUCCUCAGGUCCUCACGAGAGGGGCCUGGCCCAGCGUGACUCUGGAGUGGGGGGCAGGCCAGCCUGUGGGGAAGGCACCCCCUCCUUGAGGGGCCUACCUGGGGCCCAUGUCAGCUCGACACUGCCCGGUAUCCUGGCCCCGAGUGGUUUUCCACAGGCGGCUAGUCCUGAUAGGCUGGCCACUCAGCCUGCCAGCACGCUGGCCCAACCACCUCCUGCAGGUGCUCAGAGGAGCCGGGAUGCUGAGAAUGUGCCCCCCCCUGGGGCAGUGCCUGGGGACAGCAGCCGAGAAGUGUCUUCUGGAGCCCUGGACUUCACGAUGACGAAGCCAGGUGCAGGCCAGAAGGGUGCAGAAAGGGCCCAGCCCGAGGUGGGGCCUCCACCGCAGCCGGCAGUGGCCCCACCACAGCCCCGAGCAGCGCUGCUAGGAUCUCCCAGCCCGGGAAGCCCACCAGCACCAGACCAGGCCCAUGGUGCCACCCCACAGCCGGCAGCAAGUCCCGCCCUGGCCGACCCUGGUCAGCAGGCGCAGCCCUGCCCACCUCGGUUCUCCAGCGUGUCCGUCACCUCCACCAACUCAAGCCAAGUGGCCGGGCGGUCAGAGCUGCCGUGGCCUCCCCUGCCCGCAGACUACUCGUCCUAUUACUACUACAGACCCUUCUAUGACGCCUACUCGCAGUACCCCCCACAGUACCCGCCGGAGCCCGCAACAGCUCCUGCCUAUUACCAGGACACCUACAGUGCCUACAGGCCCUACGACAGCGCCGACGGCUACCGCUGCCCCGAGCCCGAGCGGCCCAGCUCCCGGGCCAGCCACUGCUCCGACCGCCCGGCCCCCAGGCCGGGCUACCCGGAAGGGUAUUACUCCUCCAAAGGAGGAUGGAGCAGCCAGAGUGACUACUAUGCAAGUUACUACUCCGGCCAGUACGACUAUGGAGACCCUGCCCGCUGGGACCCCUAUCACUACACCGCUCGGUUCAGGGAUGCCCGUGCCUAUGAUCGGAAGUACUGGUACGAUGCACAGUACAGCCCCUACCGGAAGGAGCCCUAUGCCUAUGGGGACAGAGCUGACAAGGACGAAGACUCCUGGAGGUACGACCCCCGCUUCGCGUCCAGCUUUGAGGAGGACCUGGAGCUGCACCGAGACCCCUAUGGGGAGGAGGGGGACAGGCACAGUGUCCACAGCGAGCACUCAGCCCAGAGCCUGCACAGCCGCCGCAGCAGCUUCAGUACCCACUCGCAGCAGAGUCAGAUUCACAGAAACCACCACAUGGAGGCCCCGGCCGGACCAAGUUCCUUCCACGGGGACUACAGUUACGGCGCUUACGGCGGCAACUUCAAUAGCCUACAGGGCUUCCCCGAGUACGGCUACCCUGCAGAUGCCAGCUGGCCCACGACUGAGUCAGCCCCGUCGAGGCCCACGUCCCCCGAGAAGUUCUCAGUGCCCCACGUCUGCGCCAGGUUUGGUCCUGGUGGGCAGCUCGUCAAGGUGAUCCCAAACUUGCCUUCAGAGGGACAGCCGGCGCUGGUGGAGGUGCACAGCAUGGAGGUGCUGCUACAGCACAGCCCUGAGCAGGACGAGAUGCGCGCCUUCCCAGGCCCGCUCGGCAAAUGCGACACUCACAAAGUGGACGUCAUUAACUUUGCGCAGAACAAAGCGACCAGGUGUCUGCAGAGCGACAGCAUCGUUGACAGAGAAUCGGCCAGCCUGCUCUGGAGCCUCAUCGUCCUCCUGUGCAGGCAGAACGGGACCGUGGUGGGGACCGACAUCGCAGAACUCCUGCUGCGUGACCACAAAACUGUGUGGCUUCCUGGGAAGUCGCCCAACGAGGCGAACCUCAUCGAUUUCACCAGUGAGGCUGUGGAGCAGGUGGAGGAAGAGGAAUCGGGGGAGGCCCAGCUCUCAUUCCUGACCGAUAGCCAGGCAGCUGGCACCGAGCCCCUGGAGCAGGAGACGGAGCACUUCCGGGAGCUGCUGCUCUAUGGCCGCAGGAAGGACGCGCUCGAGUCUGCGAUGAAGAAAGGCUUGUGGGGUCAUGCCCUGCUCCUGGCCAGUAAGAUGGACAGCCGGACACACGCCAGAGUCAUGACCAGGUUUGCCAACAGCCUGCCCAUCAAUGACCCCCUGCAGACAGUCUACCAGCUCCUGUCCGGGCGCAUGCCAGCGGCAUCCACGUGUUGCGGUGACGAGAAGUGGGGAGACUGGCGGUCCCACCUGGCGAUGGUCUUGUCCAACCUGAAUGACAACCUGGAGGUGGCAUCUAGGACGAUGGUCACCAUGGGAGACACGCUGGCUGCCAAAGGUCUCCUGGGCGCGGCACACUUCUGCUACCUCAUGGCCCAGGCUGCGUUUGGAGUCUACACGAAGAAAUCGGCCAAGCUGGUCUUGAUUGGCUCCAACCACAGUUUGCCAUUUUCGAAGUUCGCCAUCAACGAAGCCAUCCAGAGAACGGAAGCGUACGAGUACGCGCAGUCCCUCGGGGCCCACACCUGCUCCCUGCCACACUUCCAGGUGUUCAAGUUCAUCUAUGCCUGCCGGCUUGCCGACAUGGGACUGGCCACGCAAGCCUUCCACUACUGUGAGGUCAUCGCCAAGAGCGUGCUGGCACAGCCCCAGGCCCACUCGGCCGUGCUCAUCAGCCAGCUGGUCCAGGUGGCCUCCAAGUUACGCCUCUUCGACCCGCAGCUGAAGGAGAGGCCGGAAGAGGAGGCCUUUGUGGAGCCUGCCUGGCUGGUCCAGCUGCAGCAGGUGGAGAAGCAGGUGCAGGAAGGCGCCACGGUCUGGUGGCAGGACGGAGCUCUCUCCUCACAGGGUCCUGCCACGCCAAGCUCCGAGGCAGAGCCGUGCGAGGCCCCAGGCCCCCAGGCCCCGCUGCUGGCACUGCCCCUGCCGGGCACUGAGCUCUCCGGCCCUGGCGUGCAUCUGCUGCCCUCAGCUCCUCAGACACCCCCUGCCAGAGCGCCCAUGCUCCCCGUGCCGCCCCCGGGCCUGAACGAGCCAGGGCCUGGCUUCGCGCCCCCAGUCUCCGCAAUUGGCUUCCCAGAGUCCCCGUGGCCGGACCCCACAGUGCCGUGCCCAGGCCUGCCUCAAGAUGCUUCCCGGUGGCAGGACCCAGGGACCCUGCCCCAGGAGCUGCCCCGGAGGGACACGCACUCAGAGCUCAGAGAAGAGGACUUUGGCGGGAACACACCUCAUCUGGACUCAGCCAGGCCGCCAAAGGACCUGGAGCCCCCCCUGGGGUGGGAGCAAGUGGACUCUGGCGGGACAGCAGAGUCUGAGCCCAAGAGGCCUGUGAAGGGGGCCAGGAAAGAAGCCAGUGAACCUAAAAAGAGUGCUGAGUCCUGGUUCUCUCGGUGGCUGCCCGGGAAGAAGAAGACAGAGGCUUACCUGCCAGAUGACAAGAACAAGUCGAUCGUCUGGGACGAGCAGAAAAACCAGUGGGUGAAUCUGAAUGAACCAGAAGAGGGGAAAAAGGCUCCCCCACCACCUCCAACAGCAUUUCCCAAGGCUCCUCAGGCUGCGCCUCCUGGCCCUGGCGGCCCCCCCAGAGCUGCGGUGAACGUGUUUUCUAGGAAAGCAGGGGGGACCCGAGCUCGAUACGUUGACGUUUUGAACCCAAGUGGGACCACGAGAGGUGACCCUGUCCUCGCUCCCGCAGAGUUCUUUGCUCCCCUUGCCCCCCUCCCGAUUCCUGUGCACGUGUUCGCCCCGGGCUCAGACACUGAGGAGCCCCAGUCGCCAGGAGUGGGGAGCCCAGGUGGACAGGCCGCAGCAGGGGGACAAACUAGGCCAGAGCCCACCUCAGAGACUAAGACUGUGACUCCUGCAGCGAGGUCCCUUGGUUCCAAGCUCCCGCCCUGCAGCGUGGACACGUCCCGGGGAGGAGAGCUCUCGCGCUGUAGCUCCCUGAGCUCGCUGUCGCGGGAAGUGAGCCAGCACUUUGACCAGGUACCUGCACGCUGGCUGGCUCGCUUCCUCUAUGCGGUCGGCCCGGAACAAGCGCUGGGGCUGUGGGCGGUGCCCAGCAACCAGCCUCCUGCUGGGCUCCCCCCAGAAGGGGCCGUGCCCUUCUACAACCCCGCCCAGUUUGCACAGGUGUCUGCGGCCUCCGGAGGGAGGAUGGGCCAGAGGAGACACCUCGCUCUGGACUGAUUGCUCAGCUGCCCUCAGCAUUGGGACCCCCACUUCUCUGCCGAGGGCCGGUGGCCAUGUGCACCCAGUGAUUCAGACACGACUGCCCAGCAAGCCCACUGCUCCCCCUGGCUCCCAGGCACCGGAGGAGAGGAGCGUGUCUGCCUGCAGAGGGCCGGGGCGCAGGGUGCCACAGCCCGGCAGGGUGUCACCCUGUGUGCCGUGGUGAGGCUGGAGGGACCCUCAACAGGCUGCAGCUCCUGCCUCACUCCGUGCUUCGGGGCCACGGGAGCAGCACACGCAGAGGCGGCCCUCACUGGGCCAGUGUCUGGUCUGCCUGGUCACGGAAGGCCUUCUCCCGGCCAGGGUGGCUUGUCCAGCUCCACUUCCUCUGCUGUGGCCAUUUGGGACCACCAGUGACUGAUUCCAUAGCAUGGGACAGGGGUGCUGGCCCUGCCCAACCACAUCCUCGGUGCCCCUACCGAGAUGGAGCCGCACACAGCAAGUUCACUUGGGUAUCCAUCUGAUCCUCAGGGACCCACAGUGCUGGCUGCAAGGCUGACGUGGGACGGGGUCAUGGGCCAGGCCCCAGGGAAGGCGUGCUCUCGGGCUGGCUUAUGGUGAAGGGCGGGCAGAGGCAGAGCCCGAACUCUCGUUUCUGCCCCUGUCCCCACGCCUGGAUCUGAAGCAGCAAAGGGGAGACUGACUCUCAGCUGUGUUCAUAGGGACACCCCCACCCCACCCCACCCGGAAGCUUUGAAGGGCUUCAGCAACUGCCUCAGACCUGCUGGAGUCAGCGUCUGUGUCUGAGGGUGGGGUACAGUCAGUCAACCAGGGGACCGCCCCUGCAGGCCCUCCUAUUCCCAACCCUCAAAGAGACUGCAGCGUCCUGUGGCUCUGCCGUGGGUCUGACCACUGGGACUGCCGAGUAGACUGCCAACCACUGUUGAUUCAAGACGCUUCCUCGAGGCGGGAGCUGCUAUUUUUCCUAAAUGCAAAUUGUUACACUGCAGAUUGUUAAAUAAAAUAUUUUGCGCGCUCA